CGACGCGGCGCGCGGGAGUUGGAAGGUGCGCAAGGACUUUUUGGGGCAGGCGCUGCGAGAGUGUCGAGUUCCGGCGGACUUUUUGCACCGGGGAGCGAGCGGCGCGAUGGCGCCGGCGGCCAUGCCGGGCAUCUCCAAGGGCCGCUGGACGCCCGACGCGGAGGGCCGCGCUCUCCUCGAGACGAUCUUUCAGGCAGACAAUUUUCCGGCGCGGCCGGUGAGGCUGCAGCUGGCCGAGGCGCUUAAGGUGAACCAGCGGCAGAUACAGGUAUGGUUUCAGAACCGGCGGCAGCGGCUCAAGCGAGAGCAGGAGGGGGGGUUGGGAGGCGAGGGGGCGGCGGGCGAGGGGGCAGGGAGCGAGCUCGGCGGCAGCGGCCCGCGGGGUGAGGAGACGCCACCUCCGGGCAGCGCGCCGCUGUUUGGGAUGCAGGCGCAUCCGGGCGCCGGCAGCAGCAGCGUGGAGGGCGGAGGCGGAGGGCGGAGAGAGGCGACGCGGUGCCUCGCGCGGCUCCUCGAGUCCCGCAGCGGCGCCCGAGCGCUGCGCGGCGCGGCGCGUGCGAUGCUGCACAACAACCCGCUGAUGAGGCACCCGCGGGCGCCGUGCCACCGCCUGCUCGCGCAGCUCUCGACGCUCGAGAUCGAGGCCGAGGCGGAGGGGGAGGGGGCGCCGCCGCUGCAGAGCGCGCCGACCGACGUCGAGGCGCUGGAGGGGCUCUCGUCCCUCUUCUACAGCAAGGGUGGCAAACCCUCCAGCUAAGGGGGCGCGCUUCCCUUCGAGCGCCCUCGCCUCCGCUCGGUUUCCGCUGCAUGCUUGCGCGCCGGGGCGACCACACCUGUAUCAUGCGCCCCCUUCCUCUCCCACCCACCGCCCUCCCCGUGUCUUGUCUCUCUGUCGCCACGCUCCCGUAUGCGCCUCUGUUGAGAGGUGGCUGGAGAUCAGUGUCCGAACCCUCGCGCGCCCCGUGCACGCAGUGUCCCGCUCUCUCGAGCGCUCUCUCGCUUAUCAGGCCGCCCGCGCAACCGCGGCCCCUCAUACCAUGUGACCUAUUAGGAAUCUCUCACUGUGUGACGCACGUCGCUACUCACUCGCUCGUAUAUUUAGGUGUCUCUGUCUGACGAUCUCGGGAAAAGCUGGUAAGCUCACAU